AUGUUUCUACGCCGUUUUAGCAGCUUUACGGCGCCCUUGAAGCGGGCUGACAAGUGGGAUCUCCCAGAUCUGGAGAAGCUCCCUGGUGGGUUUCGAGGAAAAGUGUACAACCGUCGAGACUGGAAAGAGCACAUAUCCAGGAACACAGAUAUAUUCGCCAAAGAAGAGGCCCAGAAACCGAAACCACAAAUUAAGCUGCCUCCACCGGGAUGGCGCAAGGACAAGUCGUUGCCGCUGUAUAUGAGACAGAAGUAUGCUUUGAAAGAAAAAGCGGCGCAGAUGGACCUCACAAAAACGAAGAAGCUGUCCAGACAAGCUAUUGAGGGAAUCCGGGUGUUGCAUUCCAAGUACCCUGACGAGCUGCCGAGCUACAAGCUAGCAGAGUUUUUCCAAGUGCCUGUUCUUGCGGUGGCCAAGAUCCUGAAGUCGAAAUGGACUCCUAAGCCCCACGAGAGAGCCGCGAAGGAGAGAAAAUGGGAAGAGCGUGGAAAAGAGCUGCGACGCAAGAUCUUUUUGGAAAAUCAGCUGGAAAAAUUCUUUGAGGCCAAGGAGCAAGAGCUGGGUUUAGAGCUGCCGUAUUUCUUCAAGCAGGAGCUGCGGGAUUUUGCCAAUCUGCACGGAUUCAACGACCUAGAGGACCAGUUUUACCAUCUGAAUGAGAUAAGAGUCAAGAGAGAAAAAGAAGCUCCGGCACUAAAGUUGGAGGACGAUAUAUAG